AUGUCUGAUGACGAGCAGAACAAUUAUCCAAGAAUCAAACAAAGGGGAUAUUACACUGAUUUGUACACCUCUUAUCUUCCGGAGCACUAUGACCAACAAGACAAAGCUGCAUAUUGGAAUCAAAAUAUCAUAAAUCAGAGCAAAGAAGGUGGCUAUGCACUAUGCGCUGAUCCAGAUAUAGCUGAACCACUUCAGGCGUGUAUAGAAUUCCAUGGACCGACUAGUGAAGUUAAUUUGUUUAUCGACUUUCCUCCUAGGUCAUAUGAUCCGAAGGUUCAAGUUCCGUUUCUGACUCCACCCACACAUUGUCCAAGAAAAUUACACAUUGAAAGACAAAAAAGGAAAUUCCAAAGCGCCUCUUUACCUGAGCUUUUAGAGCACGAACACCACAUUCAAACUUGUGAUCUUAUACCAAGAUUCCGUGAAAACUUCAAAGAUGAUAAAGGCGAAUGGACAUCAUAUCUGCCACUUGAAUAUUUUGACGAUGAAACGUUCGAUUGUCGUACUCCAUCCGAUUGGCUGGCACUUGGAAUUGACGGAGGAGUGAGGAAACCGGUUCCUGCUGUCUGUUUAUUACCUGAAGAUGAUAACCAACAUGAGUUGGAUAUUCGAGAUCCUGAGAUCAAAUGGAAAUGGCAACUUGCUGGAGUGCUAGACUAUGAUUUACGUUCAAAAUUAUGGUUUGUCCAAAAACUUGAUUCCAGUGGACGAAUUCUAGAUAACAAUGGAAAACCCAUAGUGAAUGGUGGUUUGUUGCCUAAUGGAACAUUUGCAGAGUUGAAUACACAAUACUGGAUACCUCGCAUACAACUUAUGUUCCUUGCUGAAGAUCCGCAUAUAUUUGCAGAACGUGUAGCUACUGCUUUCAGAGAUCGUCAACAGCAUGAGUCAGCUUUGCGGUACAACUUAUACCUCGACUGUAUGCCAAAUGAAGGAAUUGGCGAGUUGAGUAAUGCAGUUUUAAAAAGGAUGACAUUUCUGGCCAAAGAUGACGCUUGUUCAAUUAAAAAAAGUAAAGGAGUUGAUAAUAUUAUACAGAAUCUGGAGAAGGAAGUUAUUUUUGAUUACUGGCGAAGUAUGAAUGACUUAAUUUUACGACAACUGAUUGAAAAACAAAAAAAUCAAUACCGUUUCAUCCAACCUCCUGAGAUAAAAAAGCGUAAAAUUCCAUGGAAAGGUACACUAGAUAUACCUAAAUAUGAUUUCGAUGUUAUGUUUCAAAAGUUUUCAUCGAAAUCAAUGUUAACAAAAUCGCAGGUUAUAAUGGCGAUUUGUAAAUGCCAGUAUGAAUGCUUAGAAGUUCGUAGUAAAUCAUUAUUGCAUGUACCACUUUCAAAGCAUAUGCGAAUUGAAGAAUUUGAACAAACCCAGUCUAUGGUUAUCUUACAAGUUUCAAUGUUUUUGAAAGAUACCUGGUUGGAAAAUUUUCGUAAACACAUACGCACUUGUUUUCGUGAUACUGGGAAAGGAUGGUUCAAUAUAUACGAAACUGAUUUCUAUGUAUACAGUCAAUCUAAACUGAAAAAAUUUAUGGAAAUGAUUAAAUUUUGCAUGCAAGAUGCACUACGUUUCCUAGUGAUGGAUUCAUUGACAAACUUUACAAAUAUGCUACGUGAUGCUUGCAUUUCUUGUCUGCAUCUACCAGCUGAAUACGAGUGGACCAACGAUCUAAUGACAAGUAGUUUGGCACCAAAAAAGAAUCCAAUAUUUUUAGUGGAUCUUGUAUUGGAUGCAGAUGGACCACAUUACAGUACAUCACUUGAACAAUUUCCUAAUAGCCUGGUUAAUCUAUUUAAUAAAGCUAUAAACUCUGUACAAGAUGUACCGCAAAUUGAACAAUAUGUUAUAGAAGGUAUAACCUGUGCCGAAAAACAACUAUUGGAAGCUGUUGGUAUACGUGAACCGCCUGUUGAAAAACUGCGCGAACAACUUAAGGAAUAUAUUCAUUCCGCUUUGAUUCCCAUGAGGGCAUAUGCUAAACAAUAUGAACGUUUCAUGGAACUUACACUGCUUGAUAUAAAUGCAUAUUUAAAAGUCUAUGAAUUACGAAAUCAAAGUCCAUUAGAAAUUAAAACACAAGUUGAAAAAGAAUUAGAAGAAAAAGAGAACGUUGAACAAAUUAUACCUAGUUUUGUUAUAAUUGGUCCAUUUUAUGUGAAUACUGAACCUGUACGACAAAAUCUAUCAAAAAAGUGUAAAGCAUUAAUCAGUGCCUUAUUAGACUUAUUGGCUAGACAGUUAAGAAAGCAAGCCGAUUCAGCUUCAGAAGAAUUGAGAACUAUUGCUGCUAGAUUGUACGAAAAACCGAAUUCAAUUGAAGAAUUAACGGAAUUACGUGAAUGGAUUACCACAGUACCAGAUAAAUUGGAAGAACGUCAAGAAUACAUUAAUAAGGCAAUAUCUGAUUAUGAACUGAUUGAUUUAUUCUUCUAUAAUUUGUCUGCUGAUGACUUCAAUGCAAAAUGGACUACAAUUGGUUGGCCUCAUAAAAUUCGUCAAAUGGUGAUCCAGGUUGAGAAAAAUCUCGAAGAAGAUGAAGAACGAUUUAAAAAAUUGCAAAUUUCUGAAUCAGCUGCAUUCAGUGAUAAGUUGGAUACACUUACGAUGAUGGUUUCAUCGAUGGCAUCAUAUGCAGAGAUUGGUAAAGCCCAAGAAGUGGCUAAUGAAGUUCGACGAAUUUACAAACAACUGACUGAUGCACAAAAUAUGGCAGGUGUAUUCAAUAGUCGCGAACGUCUGUUUGGAAUGGCUAAUACAAAUUAUGAAAAAAUACCGAGGUUAAUAAAAGAUUUUGAACCAUUUAAAAAUUUAUGGCUAAGUGUAGCUGAUUGGUUGAAAACACAAGAAGCUGUUAUGAAUGAUCCUUUAACAUCAAUUGAUGCAGAUGCUGUUGAAAAACUGGUCGUUGAAUGUUAUAAAACAAUGCAUAAAUCUAUAAGAAUAUUUAAUGAAUUGCCUGGCAUACAAGAAGUAGCCAAUCAAGUAAAAAUGUCCAUAGAAGAAUUUAAACCAUUUAUACCAUUAAUACAAGGUCUACGUAAUCCAGGUAUGCGUCAGCGACAUUGGGAAGAGUUGAGUGAAGAACUUGGCGUGAAUAUCGUCCCAAAAUCAACGUUGACAUUUUCUAAAUGCUUAGAAAUGCAUCUUCAGGAUAAUAUCGAGAUUAUAUCAAAGGUUGCUGAUAUUGCUGGUAAGGAGUAUUCAAUUGAAAGUGCAUUGAAUAAAAUGGUUAACGACUGGGAACCGAUCAAAUUUGAAAUAAUACCGUAUAAAGACACAGGAACAUGCAUUAUAAAAAUAGGUGAUGAAGUUAACCAAUUAUUAGAUGAUCAUGUUGUUAUGACACAGUCGAUGAAUUUCUCUCCAUAUAAAAAACCUUUUGAGGAACGUAUAUCACACUGGGAGACUAAGCUACAUUUAACACAAGAUGUAUUGGAUGAAUGGAUAACAUGUCAAAGACAAUGGUUGUACUUGGAACCAAUAUUUAGUUCAGAAGAUAUUAAUCGACAAUUGCCUGUUGAAAGUAAGCGUUAUGCAACUAUGGAUCGUAUAUGGCGGAAAGUAAUGAAACUGGCUACUGAGCAACCGCAAGUUAUAACACUAUGCCCAGAUCCACGGCUGUUAAACAGUCUACGUGAAUGUAAUCGUUUAUUGGAUCAAGUACAAAAGGGUUUGAGUGAAUAUUUGGAGACUAAGCGUCAAGCAUUUCCAAGAUUUUAUUUCUUAUCCGAUGAUGAACUCCUUGAAAUAUUAUCACAAACGAAAGAUCCCAAAGCUGUUCAGCCACAUUUAAGAAAAUGCUUUGAAAACAUUGCAAAGUUACAAUUCGAAAAAGACUUACAAAUCACAGCUAUGUUUUCUGGUGAAGGCGAAUGUGUUCAAUUCGAAAAGACCACAUAUCCAACACCCAAUGUUGAAGAAUGGAUGUUAGAAAUCGAAAGUAUGAUGAGAUUUUCAAUGAAGACAAUCAUCGGUAAAUCAAUACUUGCUUAUGCCCAAACACCACGUACUGAAUGGGUAUUACAGUGGCCUGGACAAGUUGUUAUUGCUGUAUGUCAAACAUUUUGGACCAGUGAAGUGACCGAAGCCAUAUACACAAAUAAGAUGGAUCAAUUAUAUCCGGAUUUAUUAAAACAACUAGAUGGUUUACGACAGCUUGUGCGUGGUGAUUUAACUAAAAUUGGUCGGAUGACUCUAUCUGCGUUAAUAGUUAUUGAAGUACACGCACGCGAUGUUGUCGCUAAAAUGAUAGAAGAAGGUGUACAAAAUGUGAAUGAUUUCGAAUGGAUUAGUCAGCUACGUUAUUAUUGGAAUAAUGAAGAAGAAGAGUUAAAACUUCGUGCUGUGAAUGCUGAAUUUAACUAUGGUUAUGAAUACUUAGGCAAUACAACACGUUUGGUUAUUACACCACUAACUGAUCGAUGUUAUCUUACACUAACUGGUGCACUGCACUUAAAAUUUGGUGGUGCACCAGCUGGACCAGCUGGUACUGGAAAAACAGAGACAACUAAGGAUUUAGGCAAGGCAUUUGCUGUCCAGUGUGUUGUGUUUAAUUGUUCAGAUCAAUUAGAUUUUAUGGCUAUGGGUAAAUUUUUCAAAGGACUGGCAUCAGCCGGUGCGUGGGCAUGUUUUGAUGAGUUCAAUCGUAUUGAUAUUGAAGUCUUGUCAGUUGUCGCUCAACAGAUAACCACUAUACAAAAAGCACAGCAACAGCGUUUAACACGUUUUCUGUUUGAAGGUGAUGAAUUAGAAUUGAAACCCUCCUGUGCUGUUUUUAUCACCAUGAAUCCUGGUUAUGCUGGACGCACAGAAUUACCAGAUAAUCUAAAGGCGUUAUUUAGGCCAGUGGCUAUGAUGGUACCAGAUUACGCAUUGAUUGCAGAAAUUUCAUUAUUUUCGUUUGGAUUUUCAGAUGCACGUCUAUUAGCUAAGAAAAUUGUAACAACAUUUAAGUUAUCCUCUGAACAGUUAAGUACACAAGAUCACUAUGAUUUUGGUAUGCGUGCAGUGAAGAGUGUUAUAUCGGCAGCUGGUAAUUUGAAACGACAAAACUCAGAUAUGGAUGAAGACCUUAUAUGUCUACGUGCUAUACGAGACGUGAAUGUGCCUAAGUUUUUGUCCGAUGACUUGAAACUGUUCAGUGGGAUCGUUUCUGAUCUGUUCCCUAAUAUACGCGAGAAACUAGUUGAUUAUGGUGACUUAAUGAUUGCAUUAAAAACAUCGUGUAGUAAACUGGGUUUAAUGGAAGUUGACGGAUUCGUUCAGAAGUGUAUUCAGCUGUAUGAAACUACUGUGGUUAGACACGGACUUAUGUUAGUUGGUCCAACUGGGUCAGGCAAAACAAAAUGUUAUGAAGUACUUCAAAGUGCAUUAACAUCAUUGCGGGAAAAAGUAGCACCAGAUGGUACGUGCUUUCAAACUGUGCACACAUAUGUAUUAAAUCCAAAAUCCAUAACAAUGGGUCAGUUGUAUGGUGAAUUCGACUUAUUAACUCAUGAAUGGACAGACGGAAUACUAAGUACAUUAAUACGUCAUGGUGUCAGUUCGUGUGAUGAAGAUAAACGCUGGUAUGUAUUUGAUGGUCCAGUAGAUGCUGUGUGGAUUGAAAAUAUGAAUACUGUAUUAGAUGAUAAUAAAAAGUUAUGCUUAAGCAGUGGAGAAAUUAUUAAGUUAACUGAAGCUAUGACAAUGAUGUUCGAAGUAGCUGAUUUAGCUGUUGCUUCACCAGCUACAGUCAGUCGUUGUGGUAUGGUGUAUUUAGAGCCAAGUAUUCUUGGACUGGAUCCCUUUGUACAUUGUUGGAUACGACAGUUACCUGAUCCAAUAUAUCACCAUCGUGAUAAACUCCAACGAUUAUUUGAUGUUUAUAUGGAAGACUCUAUUAGUUUCAUUCGAAAUGAGACUAAAGAAAUCAUUGCAACAACAGAUGGACAACUGUGUUUUGGUUUGAUGAAAAUGAUGGAUUGUUUCUUCAUGCAGUAUCAACCUAAGGAGACACCUAUGACAAGAUCCAGAAAACAACAGAUUAAUAAAGCUAAAAAUUUAAAAGCGCCUUUACGUCCAUUACAAGGAGGUCCGAAAGAGAAGGGUAUCGGUGAAGAUAUUCUCAAUCGUAUCGGUCAAGCAAUAGAAAGUUGGUUUAUUUUCUCCCUGAUAUGGUCUAUUGGAGCCACUUGCACUAAUGAAGGACGUGUAAAAUUUGAUCAAUUUUUAAGACAGAAGAUGAAAGAUCUCAAGUGUUAUUUACCAUUUCCUGAAGAAGGAUUAGUUUACGAUUAUCGUUUUGAAGAUGAUGGCCUCGUGUCACUUAAUGUAAGAGAUGAUGACGAUGAAGAUAAUUUUGCUAAUCGAAAGAUGCACUGGGUACACUGGAUGGCAAAUAUGCCAGAAUUUACAAUUGGACCAGAAAUUCGUUAUUCUGAUAUUAUCAUUCCAACAAUAGAUAAUGUCAGAUCAAGUCAUAUUAUUGAGAUGUUAUUAGUAGCUAAAAAGCCAGUCUUGUGUAUUGGUCCAACUGGAACUGGUAAAUCAAUGACAAUUUUAUAUAAGUUAACUCGUCAUAUGCCAAAAGAGUAUAUACCAGAAUUUAUCAUAUUCAGUGCGAAGACAACAGCAAGACAAACACAAGAUUUAAUCGACAAUAAAUUAGAUAAACGACGUAAGCAUGUUUAUGGUCCACCAAUGGGACGUUAUAUAAUCUUUUUCAUUGAUGAUUUAAAUAUGCCAGCUUUAGAAGUCUACGGUGCACAACCCCCAAUUGAAUUAUUACGUCAAUGGAUGGAUUUUGACGGCUGGUAUGAUCUCAAAGUGGUUGGUGAAUUCCGUAAAUUAGUUGAUGUCAAUUUCAUUUGUGCCAUGGGUCCACCAGGUGGAGGACGUAACCCAGUCACAGCCAGACUGAUGCGUCAUUUCAACUUUUUAGCUUAUGAUGAAUUAGAUGAAUCCAGUAUGCAGUUAAUAUUUGGCGCAAUACUCAAAUCAUGGCUUAGUCCCUUAGGCGGAGACAAGCCAGCAGCUAAACUUUUGGCCUAUGCUGAUGAUCUAGUUAGGGCUGCUAUUCUAGUCUACAAGACAAUUCAAACACAACUGUUGCCUACACCAGCUAAAAGUCAUUAUACAUUUAAUUUACGAGAUUUAUCCAAAGUAUUUCAAGGUAUGCUAAUGAUGGGACCUGAUAGUUUGACUGGAAGUCUGGAACAAUUAUUACGUUUAUGGUAUCACGAAUCGUGUCGUGUAUUUCAAGAUAGAUUAGUUGAUGAUAAGGACCGCGGUUGGUUCAGUAAUUUGAUUGAUAACAAGUCAAAAGAAAUAUUUAAUUUAAAUGUCAACGAUUAUGUAAAUACCACACCACUACUGUAUGGCGACUUUUUGUCUGCAGCUGGAAACAGUGGUUGGAGGUAUAAAGAAAUGACUGAUCAUGCACAAGUAUUACAAGUGAUCGAAGAAAGUCUUGAUGAUUAUAAUCAAAUUAACACAGCAAAAAUGGAUUUGAUAUUAUUCAAAUAUGCAGUACAACAUAUCUGUCGUAUUGCUCGUAUUUUACGACAACCACAAGGGAAUGCCUUACUUCUUGGUAUGGGUGGUAAUGGGCGUCAGUGUUUAACGCGUCUUGCGUCACACAUGGCAGAAUAUGAUUGCUUUCAAAUUGAAUUAUCUAAAAAUUAUGGUGUAA